CCUUAUUUCUCACGUACACGAACGAGUCAAAACCGCAAAGACCCAAACCUAGCAAGCUGACGGCGAAGCUCUCGAGCUCUCGGCGGCUAUGGAGGAGGACGACGACUGCCCUCCCCUCGCCGUCGAGCUCCCUCCGCAGACGACCUCUCCUCUGGUUCCCGCUUCCUCCUCCGCCUCUGCGCCGGUCGGCGUCACCAUCAUCACCGGCUACCUCGGCGCCGGCAAGUCCACGUUAGUCAACUACAUUUUGAGUGGACAACAUGGGAAAAGAAUAGCGGUAAUACUGAAUGAGUUUGGAGAGGAAAUUGGAGUAGAAAGAGCAAUGAUCAAUGAGGGGCAAGGUGGUGCCGUUGUUGAGGAAUGGGUGGAGCUAGCAAAUGGAUGCGUUUGUUGCACUGUUAAACACAGCCUGGUUCAAGCACUUGAGCAACUUGUGCAGACUAAGGAGAGAAUGGAUCAUAUAUUAUUGGAGACAACUGGUUUGGCUGAUCCUGCACCACUUGUAUCCAUUCUCUGGCUGGACGAUCAAUUGGAGUCAUCAAUCAGACUAGACUCUAUCAUUACGGUUAUUGAUGCAAAAAACUUCAGGCGGCAAAUUGAUGAACACACGAACUCUUCCUCAUUUCCUGAAGCAUUUCACCAAAUCGCAUUUGCGGAUGUUGUGAUAUUAAACAAAAUUGACUUAGUAAAAGACGAUCUUGAGGAUUUGGAAAGGCAAAUUCAUGAUGUCAAUGCGCUUGUUACAGUGGUGCGGUCUGUGCGGUGCCAGGUUGAUUUAAAUACAAUAUUUGAUCGACAGGCAUAUGGUGUGAAGAAUUCAUCACAACUACAAGAGCUUCUGGAGUACAGUAAAUCAGCACCACCUAAUAGUCGCCAUGAUAACAGUAUUUCCACCUUGUGCAUUUAUGAACAGGAUCCAGUUUACUUGACUAAGGUGGAAUCAUGGCUUGAAGAUCUUCUUUGGGAGAAGAAGUCCAACAUGGAUAUAUAUCGUUGCAAAGGGAUUUUAAAUAUCCAUAAUUCGAACCAACUUCAUACCUUACAGGCAGUGAGGGAAGUCUAUGAGGUUGUGCCAGCUCGAGAAUGGUCGGAGACACAAUCUCGCAUGAACAAGAUAGUUUUCAUAGGCCGUGAUUUGGAUAUCAGUAUCCUCCAAGAUUCAUUUAGUCGCUGCAAGCACUGAUUAUCGAAUGAUUUGCACGUCACCUUGUACCUCUGUCACUGAAUACUUCAUGGAGGCUCACACAGCCUGGACUGAGAUUAGGGUGUUCUCGUAUGGUUCCCCGAAGUUACAUUCUGUUGAACAAUCUUCAGUAGAGGCGAAGCAGUUUGCAGUGCCGAGAUCAAGAGACGACUUCAACUGCUGCUGUGAGGCUAUGUGCCACGGGAGCACCUCCCUUUUUUUUUCUUAACACACGGGAGCACCUCCCUGAUACACUAGAAAGGCAUUAUACUGAGCAUUUGUAUAUGUUCGGUAUAGCGAAUGCAAACGUGUUCGGUUUUGCAGAGGGAAAAUGUAUCCAAUCAUAAGAGGAUGUGUUCUAAUAUGGUGCAGAAAGACCUAAAUCGAAGUGAACUUUUUGGUUC